AUGGCAUCAGUCAAUUCAAUAUCGUCCGAGAAGGACAACGACGAGGAUCGCGACAAUAUGCACGAGGACGUGAUCGAGGAUGAGGACCAUGACAUCAGCACCGAGCUGGAUCCCUCUCAGAGAGAAUACCUCGAGUUUCACCAACAACUAGACGAUUUCCUAGCGCCCCUGUGUUUGGACGAAGCGGUGCUGUACAGACUGGCGCGUCGCUUCUCCGGAACCUACCGCCACUUGGCCUUAACUUCGGAUCAGCAAUUUUUGCCAACCCCCGUGACUCAGCUGCCCACGGGUCAGGAGACGGGUCGCUAUCUAGCGAUUGAUGUCGGAGGCAGUAAUCUCCGUGUUGCUUUCAUCGAAUUGCUAGGUGAAGUGGAGGAACCGGAUGCCCGCUCAGCGGAUGCCUCGGAGAGGUCGCGGGACACUAUUCGCAAGGCCCAGCGGCAACGUGUUAAGCGCACAUUGGAGCGAGCAUGGCCGAUCCAGGAGCAUUUGAAGAUGGAUAAAGCGGAGGAUCUGUUUGCGUGGAUUGGCGACUGCAUUGCCGAGGUAGUGGCCGAGAGUCUGACAUCGAAUGCUACAAACAAGGACAUCCCCGCAGAGUUGGACAUGGGCAUCACAUUCAGUUUCCCGAUCAUGCAAGAAUCGCUCGCCGAGGCAACACUGAUGCCGAUGGGAAAAGGUUUUGCGAUUACAUCUGAUCUCAAUCUUCGCAACAUCCUUUUGCAUGGAUACGAAAAACACACUAGGAGACCGGACGAUGAAGAAGAGCCUUCUUCCAAGCGCCGGAAGCUUUUUGCUCUGCCGAAACUAAAAAUCCAGGCCAUUACGAACGACACCGUUGCGACGCUGGCUUCGCUCGCAUACAAGGUCAAAUCGCUACCUAACAGCCGAGUCGCUAUGGGUAUUAUUGUGGGAACGGGAUGUAAUGCGACCAUUCCGAUGAAAUUGAGUGAGCUCCACGAAGCCAAGGCCAAGAGCGUCAAUGCCAUGGAGCCAAAAGCAGUGGAGACCAUUGUCAAUACGGAGUGGACUAUUUCCGGAGCUGCGCCGCCACUGCGAGAGCUCAACAUCACAACCAAAUGGGAUGUCGAAUUGGACGGCGCGUGUGCGCGUCCUGGGUUCCAGCCGUUCGAGUACAUGACGGGAGGACGAUACAUCGGCGAGUUGAUUCGCUUGAUUCUGUUCGAUUACCUCACGACCGUCGGGGGGCUAUCCAAGCGACUCCUACCGGCGAACCUGAUUCAAGAAUACGCUCUGACAACCACUUACAUAUCUGAUAACGUCGCAAAAGCCCGGUCGGACCAAGACCUCGCCAAGGAAUUGAACCAAUCUCUCCCCCCGCCCGAGAGCAGCGACUGGCGCUGGGAUGCGCGUACCGCCGGCGCAUUCCGGAGAAUUGCGCGAACAGUGCAGAGGCGAUCGGCAGGCUUAAUCGCUGCUGCGGUGAUUGGUCUCCUGGCUUGCUGCCGCGAAAUUGAAUUGAAGGAAGACAGCAACGCCAACACACCCGUGGCCGCCGCUUCACCCCAAAGCAACGGAGACAACCACGUCCCCGACAACACAGCAACUCCUCCAGCCAUCGCACCGCUAGGCAACAGCGUCCAUGGCCACGUCGUCCCAGUCCUCCAACCAAUACCCGCAGACUGGCAGUCUGGUCCCGAAGAGCUGGUCGUCGCGUACACUGGCGGCAUCAUCCAACACUAUCCGCAGUUCAAGGAGAUGUGUCAACAACACAUCGACCGCCUAAUCAUGCGCACGGGCCCGCAAAGGGGAGGCAAGUCGGUCUUCCUACGGGAAGCUUCCGAUGGCGGCGUCAUUGGAGCUGGUGUUUUGGCUGGCAUGGUUGUUAGCCAGUAA